AUGCUUGCAUCAAAGAGAUAUUUAGACAUGGCGUGGAAACAACUGGAGCCGACUGCCCCGCACGUCACCUACGGGACUAUAACAUUCUUCCUACUCACCUACGCCAUCUUCUCCCUCUUCAUCCGCAAUCGCCUUCAUCUUUCCGAACCACCUCUUGCAACCAUCUUCGGCAUCAUCGUGGGGCCAAAAGGGCUCGCCUUCCUCAGACCCUACGACUGGGGCUUUGGUGAUGAUGUUGUCCAAGAAUUUACGCGGCUCAUCGCUGGCAUACAAUGUUUUGCCGUCGGUCUGGAACUCCCGGAGUACUAUUUUACGAAAGGAGGGAAGUGGAAGGAUAUUGCUGUUCUGUUGGGUCCGGUGAUGACAUUCGGCUGGAUCGUUUGUGCCGCUUUCAUCGUCAUCCUCUUCGAGACUGAUAUCGCGACGGGACUUGUUAUAUCCGCAUGUCUUACGCCCACGGAUCCCGUACUCGCGGCCUCCGUCCUUUCAAACUCCCAAUUCAGCACGCGCGUCCCGAAGCGUGUGAGGGAUCUGCUCUCCGCUGAGUCUGGCGUCAACGACGGCGUGUCCUUCCCCUUCCUUUACCUCGGUCUGUCCAUUAUUGCGCGCACCACGGUCUCCGGCAUCCUCAAGAAAUGGGUUUUGAUCACCAUCCUGUACCAGUGCGCGUUCGGCACUAUUCUAGGUCUCGCCAUCGGAUUUACUUUCAACAAAGUGUUCACAUACAGCUACAAGCGCGAAUUCAUGGGUUCAGCGUCGUACCUGUCUUUCUACCUCCUGCUCGCUGUCUUCGCGCUUGGUCUCGCGAGCACGCUAGGUGUAGACGACUUCCUAGUCACGUUCUUCGCGGGGCUGGGGUUCUCGCAUGGAGGGAACUUUCCUACUGCUGAUGCACGGUUACCCAUAAUAAUCGACCUCGUACUCAACUCUACUAUGUUCGUAUUCUUCGGAGCGAUGAUACCCUGGGCAUCUUUCAACGCGCUGGAUUCUAUCACACCAGGCCGGUUGUUUGGAUUGCUGGCGCUGAUACUGGCGUUCAGACGUAUACCCGUCGUCUUCGCAGCCUACAAACUCCGCCUCCUCCCGCACAUCCGUACCUCCACCGAAGCCCUUUUUGCAGGCCACUUCGGCCCCAUAGGCGUCGGCGCGCUCUUCUUGGCAAUCGAAGCCCGUGCGCAGUUGGAAACAGAUACUUCCUUACCUCUCCCCAACCCGCCGGAUCAUUUGCCCCCCGAGAUGCAGAGGACGGUCACAUUGGUGUGGCCGAUUAUCUGCUUUGUGGUGCUAGGUAGUGUACUCGUGCAUGGGCUCAGUACGUUGGUUAUUAGUGUGGGAGGGCACUUCGCGAGGAAGCAGGGGGAGAGGGCGCCGUUGCUUGGGGCGGAAACGGAGGGGCUCCAUGGGAUGGUUUUUGAUGAGGACGAUGAGGAGAGGCGAGAGGAAAACGAGGAAGAUGAUGAAGAAGAAGGGGCGAGGAGGCAUGCGCUGCUUAGGGGAACGUGA